AUGCCGCGCCCCUCAGAGUUUUCUCUUCGUCUGCAACACGGCAUUACAGGCGGCUUCGCUCCCCCAACUGCUAGCGCGAUAUAUACCAUCACUGCAUCCCCCUCGCAGCCGAUGUUGCAAAUUGGCACGGCCAUCCGUCCCGAUGGGACUCCUUCUCUUCAGGAUGCAUCGAUCAAAUCGCUGUCCAGCUCUGACGAAAGCGUGAAUACUCUACUCGAAGAACUACACACCAUUCUUCAAUCCCUCCCGACCGAAUAUCCACCAGGUAGCGAAGAUAUAUAUGGCAUGGACACGAGCAUUGCAUACGGCAGUAAAGAUCUUACUUGGAUGAACGGAGGCCCUCAAGGUUGUGGGACUGGACAGAGCGAGAGGAAGGCAACCGAGGCGGAGAGAGCAAAGUUUGGAAGAGCAGUCUCGAUCGUAAAUGAGCUCGUCGAGAAGGCAUCGUGA